GUCGCGAACUUGGCCUGCUCAAUUUCCAAUAACGAAGAUGGUGUGAAAUUAGUCCGAAUGGCGGCCACUCAAAUCGAUAGUUUGUGUCCACAGGUGAUCAAUGCCGCUCUGACAUUGGCUGCCAGGCCCCUGAGUAAAGUGGCUCAGGAUAAUAUGGAUGUGUUCAAAGACCAAUGGGAGAAGCAGGUUCGAGUUCUUACAGAGGCUGUAGAUGACAUCACAUCUGUAGACGACUUCCUUUCAGUCUCUGAGAACCAUAUACUAGAGGACGUCAACAAGUGUGUCAUCGCCCUACAAGAAGGAGAUGUUGACACCCUGGACCGAACGGCGGGUGCUAUCCGAGGUCGUGCUGCCAGAGUAAUACAUAUUAUAAAUGCAGAGAUGGAGAACUAUGAAGCAGGCGUUUACACUGAGAAAGUUCUGGAAUCCACCAAGCUGCUGUCAGAAACUGUAAUGCCCCGUUUUGCUGAACAAGUGGAAGUCGCCAUUGAAGCACUGAGUUCCAAUAUCCCCCAGCCAUUUGAAGAGAAUGAGUUUAUAGACGCUUCUCGCCUGGUAUAUGAUGGUGUUCGGGACAUCAGGAAAGCGGUACUUAUGAUAAGGACACCCGAAGAACUAGAAGAUGACUCUGACUUUGAACAAGAAGAUUAUGAUGUCCGAAGCCGAACAAGCGUCCAGACAGAAGAUGACCAGCUCAUAGCAGGACAGAGUGCAAGAGCAAUCAUGGCCCAACUCCCGCAAGAAGAGAAGGCCAAAAUUGCAGAGCAGGUGGAGAUCUUUCACCAAGAGAAGAGCAAGCUGGAUGCUGAAGUAGCCAAAUGGGAUGAUAGCGGCAAUGACAUCAUCGUACUGGCCAAACAGAUGUGUAUGAUCAUGAUGGAGAUGACAGAUUUCACCAGAGGGAAAGGUCCGCUAAAGAACACAUCCGAUGUGAUUAACGCUGCCAAGAAGAUUGCCGAAGCCGGCUCCAGGAUGGACAAGCUGGCACGCGCCGUUGCUGAUCAGUGCCCUGAUUCAGCAUGCAAACAAGAUCUCCUCGCCUACCUGCAGCGCAUUGCCCUCUAUUGCCACCAGCUCAAUAUCUGCAGCAAAGUGAAAGCAGAGGUGCAGAAUUUAGGAGGAGAGCUCAUUGUUUCAGGGUUGGACAGCGCCACUUCCCUGAUUCAAGCAGCCAAGAAUCUGAUGAACGCUGUUGUGUUGACCGUGAAGGCUUCAUAUGUGGCUUCCACUAAAUACCAGAAGGUGUAUGGCACGGCAGCUGUGAACUCCCCCGUUGUCUCCUGGAAGAUGAAAGCUCCAGAAAAGAAACCUCUAGUAAAAAGAGAGAAACCUGAAGAGUACCAGACCAGAGUACGACGAGGAUCCCAAAAGAAGCAUAUUUCCCCUGUCCAGGCUCUAAGUGAAUUUAAAGCAAUGGAUGCCUUCUAGAACUCUAGGCUUUACUAAAUGGUUGUUAUUUUUUUUUAAGAAGUCAUUUUGUAUGCUUACCUGCCGACUUGUAUGUGUCUGGCAUGAUCUAAAUCUUAGCACUGUCUAUUUGCAUGCUACCCAAGAUUUUAUUGGAGUUAAAAUACAUUGAGCAAGACAAGAAAAUGAGUAUAUUGACCUCUGAUAAAUUUCUAACUUGUAUUUUGGCCCUAAUCCCAUCCCGAAGCUUUGAAACAUGAACAGGAGUUAGCCAGUGGAGAAUAUUGAGUUGUAGGCUACCAGCGAUUUCUAGGUGCUCUAACUGCUUGAUCAAAAAUCACCCAUGCCCGCAUGCCUAAAUCAAUCUUUA